UGUUGUUGUUGUUGUUGUUGCAUUUUACGAGUAUAUGUAGCGUGUGCAAGUGCAGCAGUGCAGUGAAUGUGCAUUCAAAAUGCUUAACGGAUUAAGAGUUUUUACAUUUUUAUGGCUGGCGCAUGCGGCGAACACUUGGCUGAAUUUCACCGUCGUUCAAGCACAACCGUCAUCAUUAACCGAGAAAAUCCCAUUAGGCGCCAUAUUCGAGCAGGGCACAGAUGAGGUGCAAUCAGCGUUUAAAUACGCAAUGCUCAAUCACAAUCUCAACGUAUCGUCACGCCGUUUCGAACUGCAAGCAUACGUGGAUGUCAUCAAUACAGCGGAUGCAUUUAAAUUGUCACGCUUAAUAUGCAAUCAAUUUUCCCGUGGCGUUUAUUCCAUGUUGGGCGCUGUAUCACCGGAUUCAUUUGAUACAUUGCAUUCGUACAGCAAUACAUUUCAAAUGCCAUUCGUGACACCAUGGUUUCCAGAGAAAGUGCUUACGCCCUCAUCCGGUUUCCUUGACUAUGCCAUAAGUAUGCGUCCGGAUUAUCAUCAGGCGAUUAUCGAUACAAUACAGUUUUAUGGAUGGCGUAAAAUAAUUUAUCUCUACGAUUCGCAUGAUGGUCUUCUACGACUACAACAAAUUUAUCAAGGACUCAAACCGGGCAAUGAGUCGUUUCAAGUGGAAAUGGUUAAACGUAUAGCGAAUGUAACGAUGGCCAUUGACUUCCUGCAUACACUUGAGGAUUUGGGACGUUUCACUAAUAAAUACAUUGUACUGGAUUGUCCAACGGAAAUGGCCAAGCAGAUACUCAUACAACAUGUGCGUGACAUUUCGCUUGGAAGACGGACGUAUCACUAUUUGCUAAGCGGUUUGGUAAUGGACGAUCGUUGGGAGAGUGAAAUCAUCGAAUUUGGUGCCAUCAAUAUAACUGGAUUUCGUAUUGUUGACACUAAUCGCCGAUUCGUACGUGAUUUCUUUGACAGUUGGAAGCGCUUGGAUCCGGCAACAUCGAUUGGCGCCGGCAGGGAAUCGAUUUCGGCACAGGCCGCCCUCAUGUAUGACGCUGUAUUCGUGCUGGUCGAAGCUUUCAACAAAAUACUCCGCAAGAAACCCGAUCAAUUCCGCAACAACAUCCAACGACGAGGUCAACAAACACUAAUAGCAGCGGCCUCCACGUCCAUUAACGCUACAAUGGGUAUGGCAGCUGGCGGCAACGUUGGCGGCAUUGGCAGUGGAAUCGGCGGUAGUGGUGGUAGCGGUGGAGGAGGUGGUGGCAAUGGCAUCGGCGGCGGAGGUGGUGGUGGCAAUACGCCGCGGGCGCUCGACUGUAACACAUCGAAGGGUUGGGUGAACCCGUGGGAGCAUGGUGAUAAAAUAUCGCGCUAUUUGAGAAAGGUGGAAAUCGAAGGUCUCACCGGCGACAUCAAAUUCAACGACUACGGACGACGAGUGAACUACACGCUGCACGUUGUCGAAAUGACUGUCAACAGCGCCAUGGUAAAAGUGGCCGAAUGGAGUGACGAUGCUGGCCUUCAACCGCUCUCCGCCAAGUACGUGCGUCUACGGCCACAUGUCGAAAUCGAAAAGAAUCGCACAUACGUGGUUACCACAUUGCUCGAGGAGCCGUAUAUGAUGCUGAAGCGUCCGAGUAUUGGCGAACAGUUGGAUGGCAAUGACCGCUUUGAGGGUUACUGCAAGGAUUUAGCCGAUUUAUUGUCCAAGAAAUUGGGCAUCAAUUAUGAAUUGCGACUGGUCAAAGAUGGUACAUACGGCUCAGAGAAUCCAACGGUACGUGGUGGCUGGGAUGGCAUGGUCGGUGAACUGGUGCGACGGGAAGCGGAUAUUGCAAUCGCUGCCAUGACCAUUACCGCCGAACGAGAGCGUGUCAUCGAUUUCAGCAAGCCAUUCAUGUCAUUGGGCAUUUCGAUAAUGAUUAAGAAGCCAGUGAAGCAAACGCCGGGCGUAUUCAGUUUCAUGGAUCCUUUAUCGCAGGAGAUUUGGAUGAGCGUCAUCUUCAGUUACAUUGGUGUGAGUAUCGUGCUGUUCUUUGUCUCCCGCUUUUCACCGUACGAGUGGCGCAUUGUGCAAUAUCAGACAGAUUCGCAUGCACAUCACGAUCCAAUGGCCAAUCAACAGCCGCCUGGCAUCAUCGGUGGCGUACCUGUGCCCGGUCCAAUGACCGGUGCGACCAGUGCCACGGCCAGUCCGGCGAAUAUUGGCGUAGUUAGUGCUGGUGGUGUGGCCGGAAGUGUUGGCCUCGGCUCAUCCGGCACUGCAGCGGUCAACGAGUUUAGCAUUUUGAAUUCAUUUUGGUUCGCCUUGGCCGCUUUUAUGCAACAGGGCUGCGACAUAUCACCGCGUUCCAUCUCCGGUCGCAUAGUCGGCGCCGCUUGGUGGUUUUUCACGCUCAUUCUAAUUUCAUCGUACACAGCCAAUUUGGCAGCAUUUCUCACCGUCGAACGGAUGGUGACACCAAUCAAUUCGCCCGAAGACUUAGCUAUGCAAACGGAAGUACAGUAUGGUACGCUGUUGCAUGGCUCGACAUGGGACUUUUUCCGGAGAUCCCAAAUCGGAUUACAUAACAAGAUGUGGGAGUACAUGAAUUCGCGCAAGCAUGUCUUUGUGAGCACUUACGAUGAAGGCAUACGUCGGGUGCGUACAUCAAAAGGCAAAUAUGCGCUGCUGAUGGAAUCGCCAAAGAAUGAAUAUGUGAAUGCGAGAGAACCCUGCGAUACAAUGAAAGUUGGACGUAAUCUGGAUACGAAAGGAUUUGGCAUAGCAACGCCGAUUGGAUCGCCUUUGAGAGAUCCGAUUAAUUUGGCUGUACUAUCGUUGAAGGAGAAUGGUGAAUUGAUAAAAUUGCGCAAUAAAUGGUGGUAUGACAAAACUGAAUGCAACCUCAACAAGGACAAUCAGGAGACGUCACGCAGUGAAUUGUCGUUGAGUAAUGUGGCUGGUAUAUUCUAUAUAUUGAUUGGUGGCCUCUUGGUGGCCGUCUUUGUGGCUAUCAUUGAGUUUUGCUUUCGCAGAAAAGCGUCAGCACAAAAAGCGAACGGUUCCAUGCUGAGCUCAGCGUCCGGUGGUGGCUCACAUCAAAGGAAUUCCCUAACAGAUGCCAUGCAUUCUAAAGCGAAAUUGACUAUUCAAGCGAGCAGAGAAUAUGAUAAUGGACGUGUUGGGUACCUCAAUUGUGCCUCUUUGCAGUAUUAUCCCGCCGGACAAUUGAGUGCCGCAUCUGAGGCCGAAACAAUGCACAUGAAUGCGCACAGUCAGGUUUGACAUGAACAUGCGCAGGAAUCGCGACUUUGACGUACACCCUGCGCACCAACAAUACGCCGCAUAAUGGCCAAUAGUCGGCAGGAGACGGAAAAGAUACUGAGCAAUCAUGAUCAAAAUGCAACAACAACAAUGCCCGGCAGCCAAAAUAGUACGCUCAUGCGAAAUCCCGAUGUAAAUCAUCCCUAUGUCAAAUAAAUUUAAAAAUAUACAUAUAUAUAGUACAUUAUACAUACUUACAUGCAUACAUACAUAUAACUAACUAAGUGAGUGUAUGAAAAAAUUAAGAAAGUCGAUAAAUAAGUGAGGAGCAGAAAUACAGUAAUAACAACUAUAAGAUCAAAGGUAAGCCAGUAUCAAAAAAAGAAGAAAAAGUAAAAACAAAUAAAAAUAAAAAUAACUAGAUAUAUAAAUUAGUAAGUAAUGUAGAUAUAAAUACAUACAUAUACUUGUAAUGUUAAGCGUGAAUAGAAAUAAUAGUAAAUGUGUUACAUAUGUAAGUGCAAAUGCAGAAAUGCAUUGAGAUGUUAAGUUAAGGAUAAAUUAAAGUACGCAAAUAAAAUACAUGUACACAUCUAUACACACACUUACACACAUUUUUCAGGCACACAUCGCACACUAAAUAGAAAAAUUGUAAUAAAUAUUUUUUCUGGAGAGGCAAAAAAAUAGGAGGGGACACUCAUCAGGGAAAGCCUGACUGAUGAUGACUUUCAUGGCUUUUUUCAAGAUAAUUUGAUUUAAUUGAAAAUACAUUCCUAAGUGAAUCUGUAUACUGUACUGAAUAUAAUAUGAAAUCAAACAAAAAUACUCAAUACUUACGGCAAUAAAUCAAUACUUACAAAUCAAAAUACCCACACUCCAUCCCAGUUAAGGAGUAGGACUUACAGAAUACUCAAUAUUCCGAGAGUAAUAUUUUGUAAAUUCCUUUAGUUAAAACAAGUAGAUUUUAAAAUUUUUUACAACAAUUUUGUAGCUAGUGUGCGAUGUGCUUACAUAUAUACACGAAUCAUCAGACAUUAAAUUGGGGCAUCACAUUAAACGGUGAUGGUAGUUACUUAUUUGCAUUGAUAUUAUUUAUUCACUGACUGAGUUUCUUAAUUUUAAACGACACUGAAACUAUCAAUAAUGCAAAUAUGCAAAAAAAGAAGCUUGUCUGGGUUCCUUGUGUCCAACUUACGUUCGUGUUUGAUCGAAAUUCAAAAAUAGCUUUCCUUUUGCCAUAGAACAUCACAUUUUUUGACAAUGUAGGUAAGAGGGCUACCUUUUAUAUUGCGGGAUUAGAGGACAAAAACAAAUAUUAAUCACCGAAAAUUACUUCAUUGCUUUUCAGAUAUUCUCUAUUAAGCGCUACAUAAUUUUGCUUGCGUUUGAAUGAACUGUCGAAUCAUUUUUACCACUACGAUUGAGAUAUUUCAAAAACAGGCAUUCUGAACGCAUGAUCCGGCUCUCCAUGUCUCUAAAAACAUUGAUCCCUCAGUUUAUUUUUAGUUACCGUAAUAAAAAGAGCUAUUAAGUGUCAAGUCAUGACUAUACGGUGCACGACACAUCAAAGCGAUUUUUUCAACGC